AUGGUUGGAUCACUGCAAACUGGAUCAGAAGUGAGGGCUAUGGCAGUGAGUUCAGAAUUAAUUUAUUUGGGGUGCAAGGGAGGUGUUGUAGAAAUUUGGGAUAAGAAGAAACACAUUAGAGUUGAGACGUUACAGUUGGGUACAAAUUGUAAGGCUAAUUGCAUGAGUCUAGACAGCAAUGAAGAAAUGUUAGUGAUUGGAACUUUAGAUGGCCAAAUUCAGGCUUGGGAAAUGACUUAA